GGCAGUGUUUGAGUUGGAAAAUGGGGAAGGAGAUAAUGAGAAAGGCAGAGGAGUUGGUAGAGAAAAGAAUGAAAGGAAACGAUGCUUCACAUGAUGCAGCCCAUGCCUUCCGAGUUAGAGACCUUGCCCUUUCACUUGCUCGCGAAGAAGGCCUUUCUUCUUCUCCUCAUUCCAUGCUUAUCGUGGAACUAGCUGCUCUUCUACAUGACAUAGGUGACUACAAAUACGUAAGAGAUCCAUCUGAGGCAAGGAUUGUUGAAGAAUUUCUUCAGGGUCAAGGCAUAGAGGAAGGAAUGAAGAUAAAGAUAUUGAAUAUAAUAAAGGGGAUGGGUUUCAAGGAAGAAGUUGGAGGGCUUACAAAUAGGAAUUAUUCAAUAGAGUUUGGGGUGGUGCAAGAUGCAGAUCGACUUGAUGCAAUUGGUGCAAUAGGAAUCGCCCGUUGCUUUACUUUUGGUGGAAGCAGGCAUAGAGUUCUCCAUGACCCAAAAAUUCAACCUCGAUCGGAUCUGUCUAAGGAAGAUUACAUGAACAAAGUAGAGCAGACAACUGUGAAUCAUUUUCAUGAGAAGCUUCUCAAAUUGAAGGACUUGAUGAAGACAAAGGCUGGGAAGAAAAGAGCUGAGAAAAGGCACAACUUUAUGGAGGAUUUUCUGAAGGAAUUCUAUGAAGAGUGGGAUGGGAGGGCUUAAAUGAGUUUCUUCCCGUUGGACAUGGCUGGCAGUUGGCCAUAGCUGGAUUGUGAUGUUGAUUCUUGUAAAGAUCACAUUGCUUUGUAUCUAUCUCCUCGGUCAAUUGUGAGGUACUAGUAAUAAUGUAGAGGACGGAUUUGAUCUGCCACUUGAUGGUCACGCAGAGUUAUAUAGACGAUGGCUUGUGUUGUCUUGGCAGACUAUUCGUUCUUCCUUCUGCAAGUGUUGUGGAUGUUUCUGAAACUCGUAUUCACGUCGCAUCCUCUUGACAUGCUAGUAAGCUAGUGUGUUGAUAUGCUUUUCUUCUUCAACUUUCCUCAGGGCUCAAGCUUACCGAGAAAUCCUUUCCUUAUUCUGUCCUGUGGUAAGUUUGUGCCUUGUCUUGUGAUGAUCUUUAAAGUAUUUUGGAUUUGACCUUGAGCUGCUGGACAUCUUCCUCUGUAAGUUGUGAAAUUAGAGCCUUAUUCAAUUUGGUGAUCAGUGUGCAAUUCUUUUUUUGUUGGUAA